AUGCAAACAUCGCCGCAAUUUUCCGAUGGUAUGUCGAAUGUGACUCUUCCGGAUAGUGACUGUAAUGCAAAUAAAUUUCUUGUUAACAAUGGACGUUCCACAUCUACCUAUUGUGGUAUUGCUACAUUUGCCUUCGAAGGAUUUAAUCCAACUAUAAAAUUGAUUUCGACAUUUAACUCGCAAAGUCGAUUUUCAUGUAAAAUUGAAACUGAUACAAAUAAUGAUACAAAUACCUGUCAGUGUAGUAGGAAAAAAGUGACUAAAAUAGUAGGCGGUAAGGAAACCCAAGUAAAUGAAUUUCCUUGGAUGGUUGGAUUUAUGAAUGCUGAAUCUGGAAAAAUAUUUUACGGUGGUACUAUAAUAUCUGAACAAUAUGUAAUAACAGCAGGUCAUUGCGUAGUCAUGUUAAUGCGUAGAUUCCUUAAUAGGACUAUCGUAGUUGUUGGUGAACAUGAUACAUCCACAGAUCGUGAUACCAACGCAACCAAGAUAUAUCAGCUAAGCAGAUGUAUAACUCAUGAAUACGAUUCUUCGGCAUUUGUUUACAAUUCUAUAGGUAUUUGUAAGAUUGUUGGAAGCAUCAAAUUUAGCGCUGAGGUUGGUCCGGUAUGCUUACCAUUUAAACAUAAAAACGACUCGUUCACUGGUGAUAAGGUCACUGCGUUGGGCUGGGGUUUACUGGAAUAUGCCGGCAAUAAAUCCGAUACGCUCCAAAAAGUAGAUUUAGAUGUAGUACCACAUGAAGAAUGCCCAGAUAGUAACGACACUAAUAUAUGUACUUUUACUCUGGGAAAGGAUACGUGUGUGCUGGAUGAGGGCGGACCUCUUUUAUGGCAAGAUCCUGCCACACAUAAUUUAGUAUUAGCUGGUGCUCAUAUCGACUGGAUAGAAUCCGUAACUUCAGGUGCACGAUAUUGCAAAAUUGAAUGA